CUCUAUUCUAGAUAGUCCAGUGAGCAGGGUUCCACUUUGCCAUGUUCUAAUGCCAUUUCAAGUCACCUCUGCCUCCCAGGCAUCAUUUACAGCAUGGACAAGGACAGGCUUCAAGAUGAGCUGCACAUGUUUAGAGACAGAAACUACUUCCGGCAGAAGCUGAGAUCCUCCCGCACAGUCUACGUGCUGCUGGCGCUUUCUUACCUGCUGAUCCUCAUCCUGUUUGCGGUGUCACUCUCCAGAGUUUCAAUGCUCUCUUCACAACUGAAUGAAAUGCGCAAUGAAGUGAAACGGAAUAAUUCCAGCAACAAUUUCAAACUGUUCCCGUGCGGUCCUGAAGCCCGGGAAUGGGAAUACUUCAGUGGGAAAUGUUACUUCUUCUCCUUGCGUGAGACAUCUUGGCAGAGGGCGAAGGUGCUGUGCGAGGAGGAGCAUUCACGCCUGGCCAUCAUUAACAGCCACACCAAGCAGAAUUUUAUCAUGUACAGGACACGCAACCAGCGCUUCUGGAUCGGCCUCUCAGACCAGAACUCAGAAGGGGAGUGGAAAUGGAUCGACGGGAGCGACUCCACAACUGGUUUCACGUACUGGAAGGAGGGGGAGCCCAACAACAGUGGCCAGAAUGAGGACUGUGCGCACGUCUGGACCUACGGGGAGUGGAACGACGUGCAUUGCACAUACGAGUGCUACUACAUCUGUGAAAAGCCUGCACCUCCAUGAGCAGACCGGACCAAUGCCAUCUCCCAGCCACACUGCCUGGACCUGCAGGUCAGUGCAGAGAGCCAGCACUGCCUCCAGGUGGUGACAGAGAUGCAAGCCAAGGUCCAGUACUUUGAGGCUGUAAACAUCAUACUAAUCUUUUUACUUUUCCCCCCACUCUUCUGUUCUUAAUUUAUAUUCCCUUUGUCUGUGUGUCCAUUUCCGGUCAGCUCCUCCAUGGGUCUCUCUCAGCCGUUGGGUCCGUAUCCUGGGGAGGACCCAGAAUGGACCUCCGAUGCACCUCUACAGUGUGAGCCUAGGGCUGAUCAAAAAAAAUGUUUUCAAACAAAGACAUUGUUGAAAAGUUGCCUUCUUGAAACCAAAUUUUAAAAAUGAGUUUUCAAAAUGGUCUGGGGUUUUUACUCCCCAUCUCCAUGCCACAAAAUGAAAAAAAGAGGGGGAAAGGGUGAAAAUGGGAAAAAUUUGAAACCAAAAAUUUGGGGUAAAAAAUUUUUUUUUUUAAAUGAAAAGUUAUGAAGUUUUCAAAAAUAACCAAAUUUUCAAAAUCCAUUCCAACCCCCCCCACCGCCAAAUUGCAUCUGUUUUCAUUUUUCAAUCAACUCUGGCUGUAACAGACUCGUGUCCUCUGUGGGUUGGGCACCUUGGUAACAUCCGCAGACUUGUGGGUCACGCGUGGAUGCACUUGGAAAGUUACAGGAAAACAAUGUGCAGUGUCUGCUGAAAACCACAAGAGGCCGCAGUGCGAUCUGAGCCCUCCCUCUUUUUAGCAGGUGGCAUAAUGAGAGCACAGGGCAAAGUUUGAUGCAAUCAGGGGGCAAGUAGCCAAUUUAGGAUCGAUAAGAGCAAACACAGAUUUAUCCAAUGUGUGAUUCCCUGCCCUCAGGGAGUCAGGCACAGUCCCUAGGAACGGGGUGUGCCCGUUAAUAGCAUUUAUAGCCAUCUCUGCAAGCUCUGAUCGUGGAGUUAGAGGAAUCAUAGUGGGGAUUAGGAAGAAAUUCUUUCCCUCUGUAGCGCUAGUUAUAUUGGCAGAGGGGAGGGUCGGUUUUUCCUCUGAAGCAGUGAGCCGUGGCCACUAACAGAAUAGAUGGACCCUUGGUAUGAGAUGGGGGUGAUCCCAGACUAGCUGGGGCAGUGGCCCUCUCGGAUGUGAACCCUCUAAUGCUCCUAUAUAAAUUCAGAGUUAAUGGCUUCCUCUGCAGCUCUGUUAGCUUCGGUGGAUUUGUUAACUCCACAGCUCCAUAGGUGCUGGGACGAGGGGUGCUCCCACAUCCCCUGGCUUACCGCGGUUUCCAUUAUAUGCAGGUUGGCAGUUUGGUUCAAUGGCUCUAAGCACCCCACAAUACACAUUGUUCCAGCCCCCCUGCACAACUCUGAGGUCUCUUCCCCCAUCCUCCAAACCCUGGUGCUGUUUCCCCUAUGAAUUCUCUCUCUGUGGCAUGUGACUCUCAUAUUCCCUACACGGGGAAAGCUCCUGGGGUCAGAUAAUUCUGGUGGUCAGAAACGUCUCCUGCGAGGGAUGGUGACAGAUACAUCUCUCUGAAUCAGACAUGGUUUGGUUCAGCUGCAGCUGAUCUGGAAAUUAGUUCCCUGUGAAAAACUUCAUUUUUGUCAACAUUUGUUUUUGAAAAAUAUGGGGGAAGUUAUUGAAACCACCCUCCCCCCCCAAUAAUUGUUUUUCAGCCAACAAAAAACAAACACUUUCCAUUUAUAACCAAACGAUUUUACCUGCACAUUCCUCCCCCCCCCAAAAAAAUAUUGAAAAAGAUAGCUUGGAAGAUAAUGUCCAUUUUGUCAAAAAAGACAUUUUCCAUCCAAAAAUAAAACUCUUGAUGGAAAAUUUACAACCAGCUGUAGUUACAAGCUGUAUGCACCAGACGGUGCCCUUCAGCCCACAGCAGAGCGCUCUACAUGGAAAGUGGCACUCAGCAAAAAGCAGCUUCCUUUCCUGUCUCCUGCGUUUUCUGUCCUUUCUUCAUUGUACACUAAAAAAAUUAAUUGAACAGGCUGCAAAUUACGGGCCUAACAGUAAAACUAUUUGGCUGGGGGGGGGCUGUUGCUGCCCUGCCACCCUUGAGUACUGUGGUGAUAAUAAAUAAUUAAUACUA